AUGCUGAAUGGAACAGCCGUGCUUCGGUUUGCCAGUUGGCAGAUGAUUGAUGCUUGGGAGCAUGACGGUUCCCUGGUGCGCAGCUGGGAGAACCGCACCUUGCCAACCGACCAAACACAAGCAGGCCCUUGGGGUGUUUGCGUGGAGUACAUGGUGGAACUAGCCAACCGAUUGGAUGCUCGCCCGUGGUUUUCAAUGCCCAAGGCACCAGAGACCCAGCCUGAUAGUGUGGAUGGGUAUGCGACCGAAUUCGCAUCUCAGCUGUGUCGGGCUGGGCUGGUGAAUCGAAGCCUGAAGGCAGAGCUAUCAGUCUACGUGGAGUACAGAUCUUGCUGCCGGAGUGGCUUGGCGCCAGGAUGGGACUCACAGGAGAAUGCAGUACAAUCGCUAACUUUAUGGAAAACUUGGGAGCAAGCGGGCUUCAAUCCAGAUCGACUCAUCAACGUCAUAUCGUCACUUCAACAGCUUGACAAAUUUGGGACUGAUGUGACGUCGGUAGAAGCGGCCGCAAUUGAAGCUUCGUUUUCAGACGUGUGCAAAUAUGGCGAGACGCCCUGCGUGGACUUCAGCUCCAUGGAGGCCAAUCGGAGCUUUGGAGCUUUGAGCCCCGCUGAACUGAUAGAUGCGGUGAUUCGUCCUGCCAUGUUGAAGCAAGAAGCGGAGAUCAAUCAAAGAGUUCAGCAAGCCCUUCACUAUGGCUUUGAGAUCAUUGCAUUCAACGCGCUGCCCCUCAUUUCAGCCCGGGGUUAUGGACAUCGUGGGAACCUGAAUUGGGCCCUCCGAUGCGAGACCUGCUUGAUGCGAACGCUUGGGCGACGCUAUGGUAGUAGGGAGCAGUCGCAAUUGGCGGCUGAUGGCUGGGUUUUCGAGGCGCUUUCCCGCACGCCAUGGUUGUACAGCAAUGGACAAGUAUGUUGCGCUGUGGCAGCAGUUGCUCCUGUGCUGGAACCAGCUGCCAUGGUUGCUGCUGUGUCCGAUUCAUCACGUUAA